AUGCGCUUCCAAGGAACGUUUCUCCUCCUCGCGCUCGUCGUGGCCGUCGCGGGCCCGUGGGUCGCACGCGCCGGCUCACUGACGAUACGCGAGUCGAUACGCGCGAGCAACUCGGAGCACUCGAUCCUCUACGGCGACGACGCCAGGCUCUCCAACGAGCACGUCCACGCUCGGCAGGUCGAUGGGGCUGCACAUGGCGCUGGGAUGCGCCCGAUGCCGCGGGCCUUGGUGCAGGGUGCCUUUGCGAAGCGUUUCCUGCAGGCGGGGGAUGCAGGGGGUGACGACGGGGAGAGCGGCCGCACGCCCUCCGAGCUGGUCGAAAUCUGCCACGACGUCCUCGUUGACAGGAAUUGGAGGCACAUCUUGGCACAGGAGAUGCCCGCGACUGUCUUCGUGCUCGCCUUGGGCCUGCUCCUGAUCAUCGGGGCGCGCUACGAGGGCUCGCAGAGACGUUUGCUCAACCUCGCCAAGGGCCGCGGUCCGCCGAACGUCGGGCGCUCCGUCACGAUCGUCGUGACGGACGUCGAGGGCUCGACCGAGCUGUGGGAGGAGCUCCCCGAGGCGAUGUCGAGCGCGAACGAGAUCCACGACGCGACCCUGCGCGCGUACCUGGGCCUGUACAAGGGCUACGAGUGCUACACGGAGGGGGACUCGUUCGUGCUGGCCUUCCACGAGCCGUACGACGCGAUCGCGUACUGCCUGACGGUCCAGCAGGCGCUCUUCGCCGCGCAGUGGCCGGAGCAGAUCCUGAACCACCCGCGCGCGCAGUCGCACGUGAGCAUGCCGUUCCGCGGCCUCAGCGUGCGCAUGGUGGCGGCGACGGGCAUGGCGACCAACCGGCAGCGGCACCACGUUACGCGGCGCUUCGAGUACACCGGCCAGGUGAUGGAGGUCGCCAAGGAGCUCGCGGACUACGCGCACGGCGGGCAGAUCAUCUGCGACAACCCGACGAUGGUGGGCAUCGCCGAUCAGCUCGAGCGGCUCUUCUCCACGCUCGAGACGUCGCGCGACCUGACCGCGCUCGACAAGGGCAACGUGCAGCUCAUCCUCCAGGGCAUGGCGGACGCGGGCGUCGUACCGAACCGGCGGUGGCUCAAAACGGAGGGCGAGGACACCACGCACUCGUCGCGGCCCGACAAGUCCGUCACGGUGCCCCAGGAGGUCGCCGCGGAGGUGCAGUCGCAGCUCAGGGCGGGCAAGCAGAGCCGCAAGAAGCUGCGCGUUCGCAUCGCGAGCCCGGACAUGGAGAGCUCGCCCGACCCCGAGUCGCAGCUGGCCACCCUGGCGGGGCUGCCCUCCACCGGCGACGACCUGCUUGCGAGCGCGGCAAAGGCGCUGGAGUCCUCGGGGUCCUCCGGCGGCCUCGCGCCGUCCACAAGCGGAGGCAGUGACUCGGCCAUGUCGGGCCCGCAGCGCCUCGCCACUGACUCCGCCGGGGAGCCGAUCGACCCCGACGGGACCGCAAGCGUCGCGGUAGCGCCGGCGAAGUCGCCGUCGCGCGACGAGGCGCGCCGCGCGGGCGGGUUCCUGGAAUUUCGCGCAACGAGUGCCUCGGGGCAGGCGCCCGCCAGAGCGGCGUCCUCUCGCGGCCGGUUCCGCAGCAUGAUGGUGGGUAAGCGCGACGCGAAGACUGCGCGGCGCAGCAUGGAGCUCCCGGGCCCGGAGGAGCGCGUGCGCGAGAACGAGAAGCGGUACCGGAAGCGCACGGCGCACCUGGCGCGGAUCGACCUGCGCACGAUGCUGCAGGGGAGGACGCUCGAGCGUCUUCAGGUUGCGUCGCCGCAGGGGGACACGGCAGGCGGUGCGCGCCUGCACGGCGGGGGCGGGAGGCCUAUGCCUUCCACACAGCAGCUUUACAAGACUUCCAGCCACAGCGCCGCCAUCGUCAACGCGGUCGACACUCGCCAGCUGGAAACGGCAUCAUCCGCGGGCAUGGAGUUUGCGCGGGAGAUUGCGGAGCACCUCGCGGCGUCAGACGUCAACAUUGGCCUCAAUCUCUCGACUGUGGCGGAGGCGCCGAUGGAGGGCAGCAUGACGAACACGCUGGGCGGCACAGGGCCGGAGGAAGGCUCGUCGGAGGUCGCCGCCGCUCGGAGCGCCAGCCCCGCGAAGGACCUCCACGCCCUGGAGGAGCAUGCCAUGGGGUCGCAGCAUGAGGCGCCGCGCGGCGCGCCGGUGGAGGACGGCGAGGCGGAGAAGACGCCGGGCGCCACGAGGCCGCAGAUGGCGCCGGCAGUGCUCGCGCAGGCUGCGGCGGUGCAGCGCGGGAAGACGCUGAUGGCGCUGGCGACGUCCAAGGCGCGGGCCAAGGCGAUGGUGGGCCAGCAGCUGCGGCAGAAGACCAAGGUGUCCAACGUGGUCAAGGCGCUCGCCAAGGCCGAGGACCAGCGGCACGAGCUGCUGCGGCUGCAGAAGUCCAUUUCGGGGCAGGUCAAGGGGCAGGUCACCGUGCUCGACAUGGGCGUGUACCACCUCAACUGCCGCGCGAAGUUCCAGGGCGGCAACGCGUCGGGGCUGGACGACGGCAUCACGGUGGCGCAGCAGCGCCAGCGCGCGCGCGAGAACGUCUUCCAGGUCCUCGUGCCGUACAUGGAGGCGCGCGCGCACAGCUUCCCGCCGCUGGCCAUGCGGCAGGUCGGGCCGGGCUACCCCGACGCCCCGGGCGCGAUGGACGCGCUGAUCAAGCAGACGUACUCGGUGUGCCCGCACGGCGUCGACCUGCAGGCCUGCGCGGACUGCCUGGAACACGGCACGACGCUGAACGACAUCGACUGCGGCAACGCGCUUCCGAACGUGACGAUCUGCUUCUGCACGCCGUGCUGCGUGGACCGGCUCACGGCGCGCGCCAUCGGGCUCGCCGACGUCUGCAUGGAGAUCUACUCGCAGAUUGUGCGCUCGACGCUGCUCGAGUUCUGGGGGUACGAGUGCCAGGACCUCGACGGCGCCUUCAUGAUCGCCUUCCACGACCCGGGCCGCGCCAUCCAGUGGGCGAUCCGCCUGCAGGAGGCCCUCGUGCAGGCCCCGUGGCCCGAGGCGCUCAUGGACAUCCCUGGGUUCGAGGUCGAGCUCGACAAAUACGGGAAGCUGCUCUUCCGCGGCCUCACCGUGAAGAUCGGGAUUUUCGAGGGCCGGCCCGUCAAGGUGGAGCCGCACAAGAUCACGGGGCGCGCGGACUACUUCGGCCCCCUGGUGAACCGCGCUGCGCGGCUGUGCUUCGGGCUCGCGCAGGCCGGGAGCAUCAUGAUGGACAAGACCACCGCCACGCGCGGUAUGCAGUCGCUGCUGGCGUCCGGCCUCGCCGUGAAGGGCGUCGACGGGCCGGACCACCCGGGGCGGGCAGCCAUGCGCGUUCGCUACUCGUCGCUGCCCACGACGUCCGGAGGCGCGAGCAACGGCGCGAUCUCGGCGGUCGCGUCCAUCUACGGGAUGCAGACGCCCACUUCGAUGGGGGCGUACGGGCAGACCGCGACGAUGAUGGCCGCGUCCAAGAUCUGCCAUGUGGUGGAUGCGGGGACCGUGGCGUUCAAGGGCGUGCAGGAGCCGCUCGAGUGCGUCAUGGUGUCCGGCGGAGACCUCAUCGGGCGGUUCCAGGGCAAGGACCUGAAGAUGGGCAAGAAGGCGGAGAUCGUCCGGCGGGGAUCCGGAGCGCCCGAGGUGUGGUGGCUGGUGUCGGCGGCGAACCCGGGGACCGGGACGGAUAGCAACUUCCGGCACACAAUUGAGCCGUCGGACGGCCACAGCCACCUGCAAAUGUCGCAACCCGACAUCCUGCGGACCAGUUCCGUCAAUGCCAAAGAAGACGACAUGCCAGCGGCCGGGGAGACGCCGCGGACGCCCACCAUGGUCAUUCACAACAACGCGUUCAUCGGGUCGUCGAGGAGCGAGACUGGCAACGACGGGAGGGCUGAGGAGCAGGAGCACGACGAGGACUGGCGAAGGAACGAGGUCUGA